GAGGGGAGGAGAGAGGAGGGUCGCCGUGUUUUCACUGUUUUCUCUUAAAAAAACAAAAAAAAAAACAAAAAAGAAAACUUCCAGCGAAGACUUGCAGAGGAGCAGGAAUCGGUCCGGGAGGAGAUGGGAGCUGUCUGAGAGGGUUUGCGGGGAUUUGCGCUCCGGGAGGAGGAACGCCAGCGGAGCCGCCGAGGACUAUGUAGGAAUUCCCGACCGAAGUCAUGGGUUCAGAGGCGAUGGAGGACUGUGUCCAGGGGGCGCUGUCCUCACUUUAUCCCCCGUUUGAGAGCACGGCCCCGCCGCUCCUGUCACAGGUCUUCUCAGUCUUGGAGUCGACGUAUCAACACGACAGUCUCCGCUACCUCCUGGAUUACUUCGUACCGGCCAAACACCUCCUGCACAAGCUCCAGCAGCACGCCUGCUCUCAGUAUCUGGGCUGCUUGUUUCUGCACUCCGGCUGGCCUCUCUGUCUGGGCGAGAAGGUGGUGGUCCAGCUCUCCACCUUGGAUUGGAGGCUCCUGCGCAGUAAUGACUUCUACCUGCAGGUGGUGCCUUUCUCUACGCGGUGCCCCAGGCUGGCCCUGAAGUGUCUGGCCCCUGGUGGACGCACCGUUCAGGAAAUCUUGGUGCCCGAGUCACAACAUCCGCUGGUGUUCACCAGCGAGUGGCUGCACAGCGUCAACAAAGAACGGGGUCACAAGAGGGAAGUUGGUGGGGGACUGGACACCUGCCUGGUCAGUACAUGUGACGGCGUGGUUAGGCUUCCUUGGAAAGAGGUUGUUUAUCCGAAGUUCAUCCACGACCCGUCUGAGGAGCUGGGCCUCAUGUCUAACAAUGAAGACCUCAUUUCUAACCGGCUGCCCAGUGAAGGGGGCAGCAGCCUCGGGGGCUGGGGCGGAUCGUCGUCUGGAGAGCUGGACUCCUGGUCCUGGGAUGAGGAAGAAGACGAGGAUCUGCCGCCGGAUGGUUUGGACUGCGAUCCCGCCAUCCACCGACGAAGGCGCAGUGAAGACGGGCUCGGGCGGACGGCGAGGCACCCUCAGCUCGAUGGGGAUUAUGUGGAGCUUUUGGAGCCCAGAGGCGGCCCUGAUGGAGGGGUGGACCCGAGGCAGAGGUACCUGGAGAUGCAUGGCAUCUGUAAGACCAAGACGUUGCCGUUGUGCAGGAGAAGUAAGGCCAUCAAGCUCCGUAAGGGUAAAGCUUGGGGAUAUGCAAAAAUGGAGCGGUCCGGGAGCUUUCGGAAUCUCCUGGCUACCAGAGGGGAUGGUUCGACUCCGAAGGGGGAUGUGGUGCCAACUCGGCCUCUUCCGGGACCUCCUGAACCCAGCAGGGGGAGGCGGUCUUACUCCUCCUCCGUUCAUGACUCGGAUGACGGAGAGAAGCCAAGCAGAGACUCUGACGGACGAGAGAGCCACCGGCUUUAUGGUGACGAGCUGUUCAAAGAGCGGCGGCCCGGCGUGGGGCGAGAGCGAGACAGCGGUGGCCUCACUCAGCCGUGCAGAGACGAUCAGAAAAGUAAAGACCUCAAGAGUAGCGACAGUUCGGUGGCGACUGAAGCCCCUGACGUAGCCAACCCGAAAGCUGGACAUGUAAUAGAGGGCCACUCAGACCACGGAUCUCAUUCAGACUCUGUUUUUGAAGACACUGAUAAACCACUGAGUGGAGACAGCGAUGCUACCACCCCAACGUCAGACGCACCAGAGAGACCCUUCACUGGAGUCCCAGAGGAAUGUACGAACAAUGACUCUAAGAUGAAGAGUUCAGUAACCCCGAAGGGUCCAGACGAGAAAGAGGAAGGAAAGCUGGAGGAGAGAGCGUGUCCCAGAGGAAAAGAAGUGAAAACAGCAGGAUUCAGAGCGCCGCGGAGGAAAAGGAAGGGAAAGGGGGCCAAGGGGAGGGCUCGGUCUGGCGGCCGUGCAAACCAGAAGGGCUCGAAACCACAGGGUAAGGGUCCUCAACCCAGCCCCACCACCUGCUCUGCUCCCGCCAAGCUGGAAACCACUGAGGAGAAGGAGCCGGAGAAAUCACGUCCGGCCGACGAGCCCGACGGAGCAUCGGCAGCGACCAAUCAGAGCACCGACGGCACGAAGGGCAGCAACGCAGAAACGGAAGUAGAAUCUUUGCCCGUGUGUAACGGUGAGACGAGCACAGCUGUCUUUAACCACUCUAAUGAGGACUCCGGCUCGGCGGAGAGCUGCCCCGACCAUCAGAACGGUCUGCUGUCCAAAGAGCCUGCCCUGCUGCGAGAACUCGACACAACCCUGCUCCAGUCAGGAAAACUCAAGCUGACAGGUACGGUGGACAGGCUGGGCCGGGCGCUGGUUUUCACCGAGGCCGACGCGUCCGAGGAGGGUUUCAGCGCGGAGGAGAUGGCCCGAGUCCUGGCCUGCUACCACAGGAUCACUCGGCCUGCAGCCAAAGAGAAGGGUCUGACGGUGCUGCUGGACAGCAGGCGCUCUCCGCCCUCCCACCUCCUCCUCUCCGCUCUGAAGCUCUUCCAGGUGUUGGCUCCCGGCGGUCUGGGGUCGGUGCUGGUCCUGGUGGAGGAGCAGCAGCAGCAGGAGUCGCCGCCUCACACACUGGAGGGAGCGGAGGUCCACACCGUGCGGGGAACCGCCGUCCUCCAGCAGUUCGUGGACAAGCAGCAGCUGCCUGCGGAGACGGACGGAGACUUCGGCCACUGUCACUCGGACUGGCUGGCCUUCAGACUGAGUUUGGAGAGUCUAACGGAGCGCUGCGAGAGCGCCCUCUCUCUGCUGGGCGAGGCGCUGCAGUCCAUGGAAGCCGAGCCGAUGCCAGACAACAUCAAGGCUGUUCCCCAGAGCAUCGACAAGCACAGGCAGCUGAUGGCCGGCGUGCUGGCCGACCAGCGGCUGACGGAACCGCAGCAGAGGGGCGGGGCCUGGCUGGCAGGGCUGGCCAAUAGCGCUUCAGGACUGGCGCAGAAGUCACCAGACUGCAGGGCCGCCCUCGCCGCGGCGUCUCAGCUCUACGACAGCGUGGACGACGCCCUGCACCGGCUGGUCCGGGUGUCCAACCAGAGGGGCCGCGACCUGGACGCUCUGGGACGCCUGGCGCGGCUGGUGGACAGGCUGGAGAAGUGCGAUAAAGAGAUCGAGCAGGUCCAGGCGCAGCUGGAGGACUACAAGGACCCUCCGCUCUCCCUCAGCAGACUCUCCCUCAAGCAGCAGAAGUUUAAGACUUUCAAAGAAACGGCCAACGAUCUCCACAGCGAGACGCUGUCGGUGCUCAGUGAUCUGGAGGGCUGGUGCGAGCUGGACUGGGCGGGUCUGAGCGACGUUCAGAUCCGACUCCCUCCGGUCAGAGAGAAGCUGCGGGACAUGUCCCACUGUCUGUCUGACUGCUGGACCACGCUGGACAACACCCAGAGGCUGCUGUCCACCUUAACCGAGGCCACCCAGUGGUGCGACGCCGUCUCCACCUCCUCCUCCUCGCCCUCCCCGUCCUCCACCACAUGCCCCCUGGCCUCCCUCCCCCCCAUCCCGCCGUCGCGCUUCCAGGACGCUCGCUCUUUGGCCAUGGAGCUGGGCGGCGGCUCGCUGCUGGACCUCUGGACUCAGACGGUGGAGCGGUACCAGCGCACCGUGGCGCAGGUCAAGCCGCGGUUCCUCCAGUCCGACAGGACUCAGAACGCGGGCCAGGCCAAGCCCAAGACGCCCUCGGCCAGCAGCGUGUGGGACCUGAUGGGUCCCGAGGGGGAGGGCGACUGGGGGCUGGGGGCGGCGGACGCAGGGAUGCAGUCCUGGGGGUCCCUGGCCUCGCUGUUCAGGCCGCAGACCUGCUCCACGCUGAAGAUCGGAGACGGGAACAAGAAAGACGGAGCAGGGGGAGGAAACGGAGGAGGCGGAGCCGGAGGAGGGAAGUUCCUGCACAACCUGCUGAAUCCUGCAAAGAAGAGCCCCACGGACGCCGCCGUCCCCAGCAAGCCGCCGAGGAAGCGCCACCCGAGCUUCGACCUGCAGGCCCUGCUGGCCCCCCGCCGCGGCACGGCCACGCCCAAGCCCGAGUCCCCGGUGGGCGGGGCCAGCCGCAGCUCGCCCAUGUCCUGGCUGGGCCGCCGGGCGCUGGCCGACCCCGUGAUCGCCACCGGCAUGUCGGCGGCCGUGCCCGGGUGGGGCGGCGGCGGCGGGGGCGGAGGCGGAGGCGGAGGCGGCGUUCUUAUCAGAGGAGUGGAGGUCAGCAGCAAGGAGGUGGUGGACCACACGGGGUCGCCACGGCAACACGUCCUGCUGGGGAGGACGGAGAGGGAGACGGGGACGGACAGAGGCGGCUCCACUGCACAGAGUAAACUGUACCUGCUCUGGUGUCGCAUGCUGAGCUCGGAGCGGCAGUACGUGGCCGUGCUGAGGGGCGUGGAGGAGACCUUCCUGCCCCUGCUGGAGCUGUCCGACACCCCGGCCUCCAUCCGGGGCAAGGCGGAGGCCAUCUUCCCAAACUGGGCCAGCCUGUGCACCUUCCACUCGCAGGACCUGCUUCCGGCCAUGGAGGGCGCCCUCGUGCAGAGUCUGCUGCAACAGGACUGCUUCAGCAAAUAUCGGGAGCAGUUCCUGCAGUAUUCGCACUACAUCAGGACCAAACCGGAGCUGGACUCACCGCUGGUCACUGCGGCUGCCGACUUCUUUAAGUCCAAGCUCCCCCAGGCCUCCCCGCUCUCCCCCAUGGCGUUCCCCCACUGCCUGCAGGCCCCCGUCCAGCGGCUGGAGCAGUACUGCGAGGCCCUGGAGGAGCUGGGGGGCAUCAACCCCGCCUCCGACUCCGCCCUCUCCAUCCUGAGACACGCCCAGCGCCACGGCGAGGACCUCCGGGCCAGCGACCUCAUCGUGGGAUGUCCGAUUCCCGCGGCGGAGCGUGGCGAGCUGGUGCGGCACGGCGAGCUGACGGUGUGCGGCGGUGCCCGGAGGAAGCGGGCGGGCGUGAGGAGCGUCUUCCUGUAUCAGCACGUCGUCGUUUUCACCAAACAGAAGAGUCCGAGCCCGGGACGCACCGCCUACAACUACAAGCACAGCAUCAAGAUGAGUGAGAUGGGCCUGACGCAGAGCGUCGGCGAGGACGGGGUGAAGUUCGAGGUCUGGGUCCGACAAGCUCCGCGGAUCAAAGACUGCAUCACGCUGCAAGCUCAGAGCAAGGAGGACAAGGAGGCCUGGACUCACGACGUGGCCCAUCUGCUGUGGACGCACGCCAUCAACAACACAGAGCUGUGUCUGAAGGAGUCCCUCUGCAUGGGCAUUUCCAGUAAACUUCUUCUGGAUGCUACCGGAGCUCCCAUCUCAGAGCUGGACUCCAUCUACAGCCUGAGUGACAGAGUCCACAGCAGCUGCUCGGACUCCUCCUCCGUGGGCAGCCAGAAGGAGGGGGGAUCCCCGGCGUCUGGGAGGGACCCCCGGAGAAGUUCAGGAUCCACCAGCUACUCGCAGAGUCACUCUCCCUCCACGGCUGUGUGACUGUCAUCUCAACAAGGAAACUGGACCAUAUUGAAGCUUUUAAAACAUCUCUCUGGGAGCCAAACUGGACUUUGAAGAGCAAGAAGACAAGGAAAAAAAAAAAAAAAAGAAAAACCAGAAACCAGAGAGAGACCUCCUCAUAAUAAAUAAAAUGCCAGCAGAUUAAACCAAACAGCGCAGCGCCGCGUCCCCCCCCCCCCUCCAAAGAAAAGCUGCAUCCAAAAAAGAAGAAGAAGGAGAAAAAAAAAAAAGGAUCAAAACUGCUCUGUUUACACAAAUGACAAGCACCAGCAGGGCUCUCCGUGCGCCGCCAUUUUGGAUCUGCCAGUCUCAGUUGCUGGCAGAGUCAUUGACACCGAAGGCACUUGAGCCACACAGUGCGGCCAUUGUCUGGCCCGCAGCUCCCCACUAGGCCAAACCACUUGGUCUGAACCACUGACUGCCCGGCUUGGCCGGCCGCGCGCGUCACAUGCCCCAGCAUCUGAUAAUAAACAGGAAGUAAUAUGCGGGGCGUAAAUCCACCGCAGGAUUGCAGAUUUAGAAUGUAUUAUGUACUUUGUCAUUUUCAUAACGCUGAACGGAGUACUGUAGGCUUUGUUUUUUUUUUUCUCUUUCUUUCCUCCUUCACUUUCCCCCUGCCUGUGUAAAAAUGCGUAGCAAUAGGCUAGGUGUGAUUGCAUCUAUGUAAAUUAGGCAAGGGUGGCGUGAGCACACACACACACACACACACACACACACACACACACACACACACACACAGACAGGCACACACAAUGUCCCUGAACGCAUGCAGUCACUCUUAUUGUUAUAAGACAAUGGCGCUCUGUUCACAUUCACGCGGCGGCCGGUUCAGAGCCUGGCACAGCGGCCAAAUCAGCCAAGGUUACAUCUGAACCGCAGCCAUGGAGAAGACAAGGGACAAACGCCGCCACGCCCGACUGCUACACUCUCUCCACAAGUGUUACUUCAAGCUAUCAGUAUUGUUUUUAUUAACAGUGGCGAGGAUUUAUAGACAGAAUGUAUUUAAUCUUCUUUAUAACUUAUAUAAGCGACAUCCUGGUGCCUUAAAAUGUUCCUCAGUGUACCGACCAAGGACUUAAUGCAAUACUUUGUUGUUGUUGUUGUUGUUUUUUUUUUUUAUCAAUCAUAGGACGCCAUAUUCGCUAUGCCAAAGGUAUAGAAUGGGCGUCUGUGCAAUGUUCCAAAGAGAUGUUGUGAAGCGUGAUUGAAACGUGGUCUCCAUCAAAUGGAGAGGAGUGGAUCUGUGUUUAUUAAUCCUUCUGCCAGAACACAUCAGCCCCACGGGAUUAUUGUUAAAGAGGGUUUUCAGUUGAAAUCAGACUGUUGACUCAAAUAAUCUUAAAAUACAUGUGUGUAAAUUUCAGUGUUUUGGCUUCAGUUUUGAACAAGAUCUUCCCCAAAUGUUGAAACUGGAUAAGAAAGUGAUUCUGAAUGGUGAAUAUAAAACCAAAAAGCACAGGAAAUAAGAGGAAGUGGCCCAAAAACUGGCUAAUUAACACAAUCUGUUGCUUGUAUGUUUAACGCGUACAUAAUAAACUUCACCUCGCAGUAAAAUCUUUUACCUUGGAAACUGAAAAGCACAUUUUUUAAAAGCUUACAUCGGCUAAUUAGACGUUUCAGGAAAUGCGUUUUCAUCCGUUCAACUUUUUUUUUUUUUUUUUCGUCUCGUUCUCCUGGAUGCAGAGUCUGAAAUGAUUCCUCGGGAAUCCACAGAUGUUCAUCUGAUUCUAACUGUCACAUCAGAGUUGCGACAAAUCUUCGAGGCCAGUCCUACUGAAUGCAGAUCAAAGGUCAAAACUCAGACGGUUUGGUUCCUUUGAGUCCGAGAAGAAAACAUCUUUUACAUCAUGAAUGAAAGUUAACACAGAAACAAGUCAUUCCCAUCGGACUCUGCUCUCCACGUUUCAACAGGCGCUCUGAACGUCACAUUAUUUUUGGACGAACUGCCGCGGUGAGCACAUUCCUGCAGCUAAGGUCAGCUUCACCCGCCGCUAAGUUGCGUCUUUGUGUUCACCAUGCAGAGUCUUAUCAAUCUUAUGUAACUAGCAGCAGGAACAUGAAAAAAAAAAAAAGAGAGCAAGGGGAGAUAUUGUGCCUCAAAACUAUUGGAUAAAAAUAACUUCUCUCCUACUCGCUUGUGAGUCCAUUAAUAGAAAUGUUAAGCUACACUGCUGGGUUUUUUUUUUUUGUUUUUUUUUUAACACUCUCAGAAGUUACAUGUAUACAGAAAGACGCUGGAGAAGGUGUUGUUCACACGAUGGCAGAAAAACCCAUAAAUGUGCAUCAAACAAUGUGAUGCUCGAGGUACAAUCUGAGAUCUGCAGGUGAGGCGAGCCGGCGGCGGCGGGAGGUCGAGACGCCGUUAUCAGAUUUAGCACGUUUCAUAUCUGCAUCCAAAUUCA